CGGGUGCGAGGGUUUGUGUUGGAAAAUCAAACUGCGCCACGGGGUAGAGCGGCCCCCCCAGCCCCUGUCUGGGAGAGGGGGGGCCCGCUCGACCCCCAGGAGGCCUUGCGGACCCUGAAUAUCUGGGACCCCCAGAACCAGGGUUUCUUGCACCUCCCUUGGCUGCUUUCGGGCUGUCUGUCCCCGUCUCCACUCGUCCUUCUCUGCUUCUCCAGAGGGUUAUAUAACUCUUCCUCUCGGCGUGUCCUGAUUUCAACUCCGCAGACUCCGCCCUGGAACAGCACGGGAGGGGCGGGAGAGUUGGGGACCCAGACAGAUUCCGGCUGGCGGCCAGCUGGGGCACAGGGGAUCCCGCAGAUAGCAGACGGAGCCCCUCGGGACCCAGUGCCCUGUCCCUAGACUCCCGCCCCUAACCAGGGAUCAAGCCCAGAAGAAAGAAGGCACAGUAUCUCUAAGGGGCGUGUCGGGACAGUCAGAAAUGUGGGUUGGGAGGUCAAGGCUGGAGGCUGAGAGGAGGAGGCAGGCGAAUGACCGGAUUCCCUAGGAUUAGUCCUGCUGGGGUUGGUAGAGAUAAAGGCAGGACGCCUGGGUUCCCUCCUUCGUCGUCUCCUUUCUGGGUUUCCAGAAUUCCUAUAGCUACUUCCCAGGAAACUUAGCCAGCGGCUUCUUCGCCCUGGUAGGAGUCAAAGAUUGCCACAGAAAAACUUCCUCUUCAAUCUCCUUUCCCUCCCCACCCCCACCCGCACCCUCGGAAGAGUCUCUCCCACCUGCUGCACGGCCCAGUGGCAUGUUGCCCCUUUCCCGUCUGAGUUGAAGUGUGGGUAGUCGCAAGACAGCUGCCCCGAAGAGAAAAAUCUGUACGUGGGGUACACACACCAACUCAUCCAUGACACCAGCUUCACCUCCUCUCACCAAACUGAGAAAACAGUGUCAGGCUGAAAAGUCAAGGUCUUUAUCUUUGUAGGUUCCCCCAGGCACCAUGCCAGCCCCAUAGCACUACCCACACCACGACUUCUGCUGCACCCCAUUGCUGGGGUGAUUGUUCCAAUGAGACUGAACACUUCAAACUCCAUCUGGCUGUUACUGAGGCGGAGACAAGGGUGAUGAUUGGCUUUCUGGGGAGAGAGAAGUCUUGGGAUUGGCCGAGUCUCUGAAGCUUUUGAAGCUGUGAGAGGACGCUCCCACGGAGGCUGGAAUUGGUCGUGGAAGGCCAGAUACUGCCACCUGGAAAUAGUGGGCACUCUUGUUGAGAGCAGUCGGAGCUGGACCAUCGUACCAGGGAGCUGGGGCAGGGGGGCGUGCCCCAUCUCCAGGGCUCCUGGGGCCACUGCUGACCUGGCUGGAUGCAUCGGGCAGUGGACCCUCCAGGGGCCCGCUCUGCACGGGAAGCCUUUGCCCUUGGGGGCUUGAGCUGUGCUGGGGCCUGGAGCUCCUGCCCACCCCAUCCUCCUCCUCGAAGCUCAUGGCUGCCUGGAGGCAGAUGCUCUGCCAGCAUUGGGCAGCCCCCUCUCCCUGCCCCUCUACCACCUUCCCAUGGCAGUAGCUCCGGGCACCCAAACAAACCCUAUUAUGCGCCUGGGACACCGGCCCCAAGACCCCUCCACGGCAAGUUGGAAUCCCUGCAUGGCUGUGUCCAGGCACUGCUGCGGGAGCCAGCCCAGCCAGGGUUGUGGGAACAGCUGGGACAGCUGUAUGAGUCAGAGCAUGACAGCGAGGAGGCCGUAUGCUGCUACCACAGGGCCCUUCGAUAUGGAGGAAGCUUCGCCGAGCUGGGGCCCCGCAUUGGCCGACUGCAGCAGGCCCAGCUCUGGAACUUUCAUGCUGGCUCCUGUCAGCACAGAGCCAAGGUCCUGCCCCCCCUGGAGCAAGUGUGGAAUUUGCUGCACCUUGAGCACAAACGGAACUAUGGGGCUAAGCGAGGGGGUCCUCCAGUGAAGCGAUCUGCAGAACCCCCAGUGGUACAGCCCAUGCCUCCGGCAGCCCUCUCAGGCCCCUCGGGAGAGGAGGGCCUGAGCCCUGGAGGCAAGCGCAGGAGAGGCUGUAGCUCUGAACAGGCUGGCCUUCCCCCAGGUCUGCCGCUCCCUCCACCCCCACUACCACCACCGCCGCCGCCGCCACCUCCACCGCCACCACCACCACCACUGCCCAGCCUGGCUGUUAGUCCUCCAUUUCAGCUGACUAAGCCAGGGCUGUGGAAUACCGUGCAUGGAGAUGCUUGGGGCCCCGAGCGCAAGGGUUCAGCACCCCCAGAGCGCCAGGAGCAGCGGCACUCGCUGCCUCACCCAUACCCAUACCCAGCUCCUGCCUACACUGCUCACCCGCCCAGCCACCGGCUGGUCCCAGCCACACCCCUCGGUCCAGGUCCCCGACCCCCAGGAGCAGAGAGCCAUGGCUGCCUGCCUGCCACCCGUCCCCCCGGAAGUGACCUUAGAGAGAGCAGAGUUCAGAGGUCGCGGAUGGACUCCAGCGUUUCACCAGCAGCAUCUACCGCCUGCGUGCCUUACGCCCCUUCCCGGCCCCCUGGCCUCCCCGGCACCAGCAGCAGCAGCAGCAGUAGCAGUAACAACACUGGUCUUCGGGGUGUGGAGCCGAGCCCAGGCAUUCCCGGCACUGACCAUUACCAAACUCCUGCGCUGGAGAUCUCCCGUCACCAGGCCCGCCUGGGGCCCUCGGCACACAGCAGUCGGAAACCAUUUUUGACAGCCCCUGCUGCCCCUCCCCACUUAUCCCUACCACCUGGGACCCCGUCAUCCCCUCCACCCCCGUGUCCUCGCCUCUUACGCCCUCCACCACCCCCUGCUUGGAUGAAGGGCUCAGCCUGCCGCUCGGCCCGAGAGGAUGGAGAGAUCUUAGGGGAGCUCUUCUUUGGUGCUGAGGGACCUCCCCGUCCUCCCCCGCCCCUUCCCCACCGUGAUGGCUUCUUGGGGCCUCCAACCCCUCGCUUUUCUGUGGGCACUCAGGAUUCACAUACUCCUCCUACUCCCCCAACCACCAGCAGCAGCAGCAGCCACAGCAGCAGUCCUACUGGGCCUGUGCCCUUCCCUCCACCCCCCUAUCUGGCCAGAAGUAUCGACCCCCUUCCCAGGCCAUCUAGCCCAACACUGAGCUCCCAGGACCCACCUCUUCCACCACUGACUCUUGCCCUGCCUCCAGCCCCUCCCUCCUCCUGCCACCAAAAUACCUCAGGAAGCUUCAGGCGCUCGGAGAGCCCCCGGCCCAGGGUCUCCUUCCCAAAGACCCCCGAGGUGGGGCAGGGGCCACCCCCAGGCUCUCUGAGUAAGGCCCCCCAGCCUGUGCCACCUGGGGUAGGAGAGCUGCCUGCCCCAGGCCCGAGGCUCUUUGAUUUUCCACCAACUCCGCUGGAGGACCAGUUUGAAGAGCCAGCUGAAUUCAAGAUCCUACCUGAUGGGCUAGCUAACAUCAUGAAGAUGCUGGAUGAAUCCAUUCGAAAGGAGGAGGAGCAGCAGGAGGCAGGCGUGGCUCCCCCACCCCCACUCAAAGAACCCUUUGCUUCUCUCCAGCCCGCUCCAUUUCCCAGUGACACAGCCCCAGCCACUACCGCUGCUGCCACCACUGCCUCCACGACCACCACCACGACCACCACGACCACCACCACCACCCAAGAAGAGGAGAAGAAGCCACCACCAGCCCUGCCGCCGCCACCGCCUCUAGCCAAGUUUCCUCCACCUCCCCAGUCACAGCCCCCAGCACCUCCACCAGCCAGCCCAGCCAGCCUGCUCAAAUCAUUGGCCUCUGUUCUUGAGGGACAAAAGUACUGUUACCGGGGGACUGGAGCAGCUGUUUCAACCCGGCCCGGGUCCUUGCCCACCACUCAGUAUUCCUCUAGUCCUGCAUCAGGUGCUACCGCCCCACCGCCCACUUCAGUGGCCCCUAGCGCCCAGGGCUCCCCCAAGCCCUCUGUUUCCUCGUCAUCUCAGUUCUCUACCUCAGGCGGGCCUUGGGCCCGGGAGCGCAGGGCAGGUGAAGAGCCAGCACCAGGCCCCGUGACCCCUGCCCAGCUGCCCCCACCUCUGCCGCUGCCCCCUGCUCGUUCUGAGUCUGAGGUGCUAGAAGAGAUCAGCCGGGCUUGUGAGACCCUUGUAGAGCGGGUGGGCCGGAGUGCCACCCACCCUGCAGACCCAGUGGACAUAGCCGAUCCGGUGGACAAUGGGACAGAGCCUCUGCUGCCUCCUGCACAGGCCAAGGAGGACAGUGGUGGGGCAGCGGCGGCAGCGGCAGCAGCUCCAGGUAGUGGCAAGCGUCGGCAGAAGGAGCACCGGAGGCACAGACGGGCCUGUAGGGACAGUGUGGGUCGUCGGCCCCGGGAGGGGAGGGCGAAGGCCAAGGCCAAGGCUCCCAAAGAAAAGAGUCGAAGGGUGCUGGGGAACCUGGACUUGCAGAGUGAAGAAAUCCAGGGCCGGGAAAAGGCCCGGCCUGAUCUAGGUGGGGCUUCCAAAGUCAAGACACCCACAGCUCCAACGCCCCCACCUGCUCCUGCACCCUCUGCUCAGCCAACACCCCCAUCGGCCCCCGUCCCUGGGAAGAAGACACGAGAGGAAGCUCCAGGGCCCCCAGGCGUGAGCCGUGCAGAUAUGCUGAAGCUCCGGUCACUUAGUGAGGGGCCUCCCAAGGAGCUGAAGAUCAGGCUCAUCAAGGUAGAGAGUGGCGACAAGGAGACCUUCAUUGCGUCUGAGGUGGAAGAACGGCGGCUUCGCAUGGCAGACCUCACCAUCAGCCACUGUGCUGCAGACGUCAUGCUUGCCAGCAAGAAUGCCAAGGUGAAAGGGAAAUUUCGAGAGUCCUACCUUUCCCCUGCCCAGUCUGUGAAGCCGAAGAUCAACACUGAGGAGAAGCUGCCCCGGGAAAAACUCAACCCCCCUACACCCAGCAUCUAUUUGGAGAGCAAACGGGAUGCCUUCUCACCGGUGCUUCUACAGUUCUGUACAGACCCUCGGAAUCCCAUCACCGUGAUCAGGGGCCUGGCUGGCUCACUUCGGCUCAACUUAGGCCUCUUCUCCACCAAGACACUGGUAGAAGCCAGCGGCGAGCAUACCGUGGAGGUGCGCACCCAGGUGCAGCAGCCCUCGGAUGAGAACUGGGACCUGACGGGUACCAGGCAGAUCUGGCCCUGCGAGAGCUCCCGCUCACACACCACCAUCGCCAAGUACGCGCAGUACCAGGCCUCCUCCUUUCAGGAGUCACUGCAGGAGGAGAAGGAGAGCGAGGACGAGGAGUCCGAGGAACCGGACAGCACCACAGGAACCCCCCCCAGCAGUGCGCCGGACCCCAAGAACCACCACAUCAUCAAGUUUGGCACUAACAUCGACCUGUCUGACGCCAAGAGGUGGAAGCCCCAGCUCCAGGAGCUGCUGAAGCUGCCCGCCUUCAUGCGGGUAACAUCCACAGGCAACAUGCUCAGCCACGUGGGCCACACCAUCCUGGGCAUGAACACGGUGCAGCUGUACAUGAAGGUCCCUGGCAGCAGGACGCCAGGCCACCAGGAGAAUAACAACUUCUGCUCUGUCAAUAUCAACAUCGGGCCCGGGGACUGUGAGUGGUUUGCGGUACACGAGCACUACUGGGAGACCAUCAGCGCCUUCUGCGACCGGCACGGUGUGGACUACUUGACUGGUUCCUGGUGGCCCAUCUUGGAUGACCUCUAUGCGUCCAAUAUUCCUGUUUACCGCUUCGUGCAGCGCCCCGGGGACCUCGUGUGGAUCAACGCAGGGACGGUGCAUUGGGUGCAGGCCACUGGCUGGUGCAACAACAUUGCCUGGAACGUGGGGCCCCUCACCGCCUAUCAGUACCAGCUGGCCCUGGAGCGCUAUGAGUGGAACGAGGUGAAGAACGUCAAGUCCAUUGUGCCCAUGAUUCACGUGUCCUGGAACGUCGCUCGGACGGUCAAAAUCAGCGACCCGGACUUGUUCAAGAUGAUCAAGUUCUGCCUCCUGCAGUCGAUGAAGCACUGCCAGGUGCAGCGGGAGAGCCUGGUGCGGGCAGGGAAGAAAAUCGCUUACCAAGGCCGCGUCAAGGAUGAGCCUGCCUACUACUGCAACGAGUGCGAUGUGGAGGUGUUCAACAUCCUGUUCGUCACGAGUGAGAACGGCAGCCGGAACACGUACCUGGUGCACUGCGAGGGCUGUGCGCGCCGUCGGAGCGCCGGCCUGCAGGGCGUGGUGGUGCUAGAGCAGUACCGGACGGAGGAGCUGGCGCAGGCCUACGACGCCUUCACGCUGGUGAGAGCCCGGGGCUCCCCCGAGGGGCGCGGGGCGGCCGGGCCACCCCCGGCGCUGAAGCCAGGCCCCGUCUGUCCCUCCAGGCUCCCGCCAGCACGUCGCGAUGAGGCCGACCGGACGCCCGCCCGCCCGCCCGCCCGCGCAGGGCAGGGCCACCAGCACACGCCUGGGCUGGACCUAGGUCCCGCCUGUGGCCGGGAAGGGGGUCGGGCCCAGCCCUUCCGCCCUUAUUGGCAGCUCCCCUCACUUAAUUUAUUAAGAAAAAAAAAUUUUUUUUAACAAAUACGAGGAAAAAAAAAAAAAAAAAGGAAAAAAAAGGGAGGCGGGGAGGGGCGGCAGCCCUCGCCCAGCAGCGCCUCCCCUCACCGACUUUGGCCUUUCUAGCAACAGACACAAGGACCAGGCUCCGGCGGCGGCGGCGGCGGCGGGGGUCACAUACGGGUUCCCUCGAGCCUGCCCGCCGCCCGCCGCCCGCCGCCGGCGCGGACGUCCGCGGCUCGUGUACAUAGACGUUCGGCAGCCGAGGCUUUUAAUGAGAUUCUUCUAUGGGCUUUACCCCCUCCUCUUUUGACUCCCAAUGCUUAGCUGUGAUCCCCGUACGUGUCUCUGUUUAUCCGCUUGGUUAUGAUUUGUAUUUUUGUUCCUUUUUUGUUUUUGGUUUUUAAUUUAUAACAGUCCCACUCACCUCUAUUUAUUCUUUUUUUUUUUUUUUUUUUUUUUUUGGAAACCCGACCUCCUGCACCCCCAAGCCAUCCCUCCUGCCUCUUCGGGAGGCCCGCUCCUGGGCCCCCCUUGAGCCCCAGUAUCUGUCCGGGCUUGGCCCGUCCGUCUCCGCCCGCCCGCGGCUCCAGCCGGGCUCUCAUGGUGCUCAAACCCGCUCCCCUCCCCUACGUCCUGCACUUUCUUGGACCAGUAUCCCCACUCCCGACCCGACCCCAACCCCACCUGAGGGUGAGCGACUCCUGUACUGUAGGGGAAGAAGUGGGAACUUAAAUGGUAUUUUGUAAAAAAAUAAAAUAAAAUAAAUAAAUAAAAUAAAAGUUUUAAAGAAAGAACUAUGAGGAAAAGGAACCCUGUCCUCCCCAGCCUCGGCCAAUUUAAAAAGCAUUGGACACCUCCACCACCACCAUCCCCCCCACCCCCCUUUUUUUUAAAGGCGUGAAACAGCCCAGGGCAGGGCCUCACUGGGGCAGGGACACCCUGGGGGCAGUUUCUCUGGGGCUUUAUUUUCGUUUUCUUAGUUCGUCUUCUCCCGCUGGGGCUGCGGAGGGGUGGGGGUUACAGUCCCGCCCCCUCGCACUGCACUGUCUCUCUGCCCCAGGGGCAGAGGGGUCUUCCCGACCCUACCCUAUUUUCGGUGAUUUUUGUGUGAGAAUAUUAAUAUUAAAAAUAAAAGCAG